AUGACAGAAACAGCACAGACGUGGGCGAAUGUCUCUCGCUUUGCUGCGGGCUGCGGGAAGGAUGGAGAUGAACAGAGACAGGGGUCCAUCAAUAAGCAAGUUGCACGCUACGAAAUCAGCGCUGUCUUCACUCAUCCUGACGCCUCCGUCGAUAUCGUCCUGGUCCAUGGUCUCAAUGGUCACCCGAAAAGUACAUGGACUUCCUCUUCGUCUUCGUCUCAACAUAAUGAAGGUGUGUUUUGGCCCACAGAUCUACUACCGCAGUCUCUAGGAAAGACUCGCGCCAAUAUCUUGGUCUAUGGCUACAACGCAGACGUCUAUACCACCGGUAAAAGCACAAGUGCAAGCGACAACUUCAUCUACCAACAUGCUCAGACACUGGUCACAAACCUCACCCUCUAUCGUAAAAGUGAGCGCACAGACAAGAACCCCAUCAUCUUUGUCGCACACAGCCUGGGCGGCAUUCUUGUCAAGCGAGCCCUCAUUUAUUCCAAUGACUUGAGAGACAAGAACCAAGAGGAUGCCAGAUCUAUCUUCGUCUCCACCUUUGGAAUCAUUUUCCUGGGAACGCCACACACCGGAUCUGACAUGGCAACAUGGGGUAUCGUUUUGCAAAAGAUGGCAGACGCCAUUGCGCCCAAGAAAAUGUUUGAGAGCGAGUCGGUGCUCCUCAAAACCUUGAAGAAGGACAACGAGACUCUGCAAAACAUCAACAGCCACUUUCUCGACUUUUACCAGCGUUUCAAGAUUCACAUGGCCCAUGAAAACCACAAAACGGAUAUCAGAGGAACGAUGGUGACGGUGGUUGAUGCGAGUUCGGCCAGUCCGCAACUUCCAGGCGUUGUUUACUACGGCAUCGAGGCCCCUCAUUCCGGAAUGUGCAAGUUCAACAGCAGCAGCGCUCCUGGAUACAGAAACGUUUCAACCGCUAUUCGGACGUGGGCAGAAGAGGCUCCGCCAGUGAUUCGAACCCGCUGGGACAUUGAAAUGGACGACAGGAAAGUCAGAGCACAAUCCGAGGCAGCCGAGAUCACCCGCGAGUAUGGCAGUCCUCGAGAGACUAUGAUGUCAGAAUACAGAUAUGUUCCAGCAGCUCAACAAUCGUCACCUGUUGACACGACAAGCACCCGAUCCGCUCCUGUUUCUGACUCUGCUACCCAGGUCCUGAACUUUGGUCCUCACUUUGUUCAUCCCGACCGAUUCCGACCCAACUCGUUUUUCAAAGGGCGAGAGGACUAUCUUGCAGAUCUUCACAAACUGUUGAAAGACCCGAAGAGGCGUUCAGAGGGGACAUCUGCGGUUUUAAUUCAGGGCAUUCCUGGUGUCGGGAAAACACAUCUUGCUCGACAGUAUUACUUCAAUCACAAGGACCAGUAUUCCGGGGGCGCAUACUGGAUCAGGUCUACCACGUUACAAGAUAUGGAAGACGGGUUCUGGCGCAUUGCAAAGACCCAGGCUAUCAAGGGCAUGGCUGCUCAAGGACAAAAGAAGGACUUGUUAAAUCCACACAACAUGGUCGAUAUCGUCAGACGGUGGUUCAAUGAGUCAAGCGAUUGGCUGCUAGUGUUUGAUGGCAUUCGCGUCAACGACAAAGCGAUUCUCAAGUACAUACCCGACCGGCCAAACAGCAGUCUCAUCUACACAUCAACUGAUCGGUGUGAUCCUGGGUCUCAUCUUCUUGACAACCCCAGCAUGAUGAAGCUGCCUCUACCACCCAUUCAAGACGCACAGGAGUUGUUGCUCGAAGAAAUGGGAAAGAAACACCCAUACAACACUGAUGAUCUCAGACGAGCUCAUGAAUUGGUACAGCUGAUGGGUCGCCUCCCUUUGAUGAUUCACGCCGCUGCUGUGAACAUGAAUACCACGAGGGAACCGCUUGCAAAGUAUCUCAAGACCUUCCGGGACUCGCCAAAAGUUGGCGAGCUUCCUGCAUACAUGGCGAUUCGAGAUCAGUUGCAGAGUCGCGGUAAUUACGCCGCGUUGAAUCUGAUCUACAUACUCUCCUUCUUCAGUCAAUUCAUACCGGUUGAACUACUGGCUCUUGGCUUGGGAGCUUUGGACAAGCGAACACCCGUGAAGACGGAAACGACAAAGGGCAGAAGGAGUCUGACACAGACUUUCGUUACUUUGAUAAGCUUCGCCCUUAUCGAACGAAACGAAGCUGAUGACGUCUCUUCCUCGAGCUCGCAGAGCGGUCUCGACACGACUCCUGAGCCUUUGGAUACACUUCGUGUUCACAGUGUUGUACAGGCCUUCUUUAUUGAGCUUCUUGCCAAGGAAGGACAGCUGAAUUUCUGGCUAGAGCGGGCCAUCCGCGUCUUCUGCGCGUCGUUCGAUGAGGCCUAUACCAGAAUGAACGACGAGCCUGCCACUGGUCUUCCCGAAGACUACAGACAAUAUAUUCGACACGGCAGAAGGUUGAAGGACCUUAUUGACCGCCAUAUCGUUGAUCGCCCAAUUCACGGGUCUAUAGAACAACCCAGUUCGCAAACCGGACCUGUGAAUCUUGACGCUGCUCGAAAAGAUUUAGAAGAACGACUUGCGAAGGUGCCUGCAGACCUUAACGACUUACAGAGGACUAUAUCUACCCGAAUCAUCGACGGAAAGGAGGCCGCCCAUAAUUCUGUUUUCGAGCGAAUGAACAGUUUAUCGUCGCAUUCAACAGACGCCUCUGGUGCCGCAGUACUCCCUCAAUCACCAGGGGUCUACUCGGCUGCGUUGGAGCAAGAAUACAAAUUGCCGCUGACAACCCAUAACCCGCUUCACUUCCACAUGCCUUAUGUACCUUACGUGGAUGAACAGGCAUCUCCGGUUGAGUACCAGGAGUCCGAGGAUCGAACCAUAACUCCGUACCCGCCCGACAUUGAAGAAGGUCCAUACAAUGACACGGCUGACCCUGCGUGGACUGUUGUGGCCAGACACCGGUCAGUGAAGAAAAAGUCACUGAGGCGCUACCAUGAUCGUGGAGGAGCAUGGAGAGAGACAGCCGUAGCGACAAAUGAUCCUCGUGUGAGCAUCAGUCGGGAGUCUGCAAGAGGCCUCAUCACCCCACCUCAGUCUUCGAGAGGCGGCAGAUCACCCAGUCGGUCCAAAGUUUCCGCAAGAAGCGAAGCUGAGGCCGAACUACUUUAUAUCAAGAAGGGAUCGCCACCACCACCUCGUGGCGGUGGCUACAUACACGACAAAGGCAGAAGCUCCAGUGCCGGUACAUCUGUAAGGCCAACCUCGAUGCUUGGAGCUUCAAGUUACGCCAAGGCCGUGUCAGGAACCGCAGUCGAGGAAGAGGCCCCCUCGUUUCCUACUUUCGCUUCUCCCCCUUCACGGGCCGCGACAAUCGACAGGAAAGCUGCUUACGAUGAUCGGUCCGUCUACAGCCUACAGACCGUGAACAGCCGCACGCCUUCCACGGCUCUCAGGUUGAAAGAAAAUCAAUUUCCAAAGUUAACUGGUUCUGGAAAUGCGUCUCAAUCGACCGAACAGUCUCGCCAAUCGCAGUUUCAAGAAUCCACUUCGAAACCGUCUUUUCAAAAAUUCCUGCGCCGCUUGGGCAGAUCCGUCAGUGGGGGGAAGCGUCAUGAAAAAUCAGGCCCGGGAAAAGUUUCCUCUAGCGGUUCAUCGAUCUCGUCCAUUCCGAGAUCGUCGGAAGAACUCCCGUACACAUAUCAGGAGGAUGUGAGAACAGCGAACUCCAGUCCGGGUCUGGCUUACUCACAACAAUUUCCCUCCGGACUGUCUGUUGUUACAAACCAAGAGAGUAGUCUGCGACAGCAUCCCCUCGAUCGGCAGUCAAACUCCCAGCCACCGUACACAUACCAGGAUGAGUCUGACAAUGAUGUCCUUUCCCAGUCUGAUCCAUGUCUGAGCCGCCCAAGUCUGAACAUUUUUCCCGCUGAGAAUUUGGCAUAUCGGCCACCGCCGCGGCAGGUUCCAUCUAGCACAUAUGAAGACAACUAUCGGCCAGGAAGUCAUAUAGAUCCUACGCCACCAAAUGGGUAUUCAUCGCAGCCAAUUUCUAGGAACCCAAGCUCAAACCCUCGACAUGCGACAGCGACUGGCUCAGCAGGCACAGCUUUGAGCAGCAAUAGCGGAAGUGUCAGGUCAAGUCUCCCUCAUCGGCGAGCGCCGUCCAUGGUAGAGACGGAGCCCUCACCGCGUCUUUCCCCAAUAGAAAUGGACCAGACUUCUUACGACAUAUGGAGGAAUAGGCAGACAGGGCAGCCCAUUGACGAGGCGCUAUUUGGACGCAGCAAUAUGCCUCGCCGACUACCUGUCGGUCGUGUUCCCAGCUUCAUACGGGAAAGUCCGACAUUGAGCCCGCGGUCUCUCCCUGGCAACAGCGAACCAAUGUCUAGAUCCGGGUCCGGGGGUAUCAGAACUACAGAUGGACGGCUCAUCUCGUUUGGCGAUAUUCCCGUAGACAUUGAAGAAGCAGAACGGCGGCGCAUUCAGGCAGAGAACGAUCGACUGCAACGUCGGUAUGAAGAGGCUGUGGAGCUUUCGCGACAAAUCAGAACUGGCGAGGCAGACACAGAGUCUCCCUCAGAGUCAAGCCCCAUAGGGCUGGGGCUACAUAUGCCUUAA